AUGUUCCUUCUCUCCUGCAGUGACUCACCAGAUACUCACCCGCGGAGGCGCCACCGCUCGCCCUCCGGCUCGCCCGCUCCACCUCGCGACCGCCGCGACCGCCGCGACCGAGAGCGAGAGCGAGAGCGAUUCCGCGACUCCUCGCGCGACAACAAAUCCCACCGCCACGACAGCCACCGCAGCUCACGCAGAGACAGCUCCCGCCGCCGCGAACAACGUCGCUCGUCGCGCAGCCCCAACGACCGUGAGCGAAGCCGCCGGGACGACGACAGCCACCGUCGCAGGGAGCGAAGAGAGCGCGCAACAAGCCCCCGGAACGAGCGAGACCACGACCGAGAUCGAGACCGAGACCGAGACCGCCACCGCCGUCGACACCGGGACUACGACAAUGAAGACUCCUCCCACCGAACCUCGCAUCGCCGCCGUCGCGAUCGCGACACCAGCAAAGACAGAACCAAGCCCCCCUCUUCCUCCCGCCGACACCGCGACAGUCCCUCGCGCUCCCGCUCCCGCUCCCGCAGUCCACACACCACCACCGCCGCCCCCUCAGCCCCAAUCCGCUCCUCCAAGCCCCUCCCCUCCCAACAAACCGCCUACACCACCGACCUCACCCCCUCAGACUCCCAAGCCCCGGCCGCCGAAGUCGAAAAAGAAAAACCCAACUUCGGCACGACCGGCCGCCUCGCCGCCGAAAGCAACACCGUCACCGUCCACGGCGGCGGCGGCGGCAACGGCCCCACGACCGUCGUGCUCAAAUACCACGAACCGCCGGAGGCCCGCAAACCGCCGGCCAAGGACAGCUGGCGGCUGUAUGUGUUCAAGGGCCGGGACCUGCUGGAGAUGGUGGAGCUGAACGUCCGGAGCUGCUGGCUGGUGGGGCGGGAGCACCUCGUCGUAGAUUUCCCGCUGGAGCAUCCGAGCUGCUCGAAGCAGCACGCGGCGAUCCAGUUCCGGUUCGUCGAGAAGAAGAACGAGUACGGGGAUCGGAUCGGGCGCGUCAAGCCCUACGUGAUCGAUCUGGAGAGCGCGAAUGGGACCACGGUCAAUGGGGACAGGAUCCCCGCGGGCCGGUUUGUGGAGGUUAUGGAUAAGGAUGUCUUGCGGUUUGGGUUGAGUUCAAGGGAGUAUGUGCUUAUGUUGACGAAGCCGGAGUAACUUUGGUAUGAGUUUUGGGGGGGGUCGAUAUAGAUAAAUGGUUCUGACCGAUCCAGCUUUUUGGAUGUUUGAUGCCAGGCCUGGCGAUGUCAUCCCGGUUUAUGCCUCCGCAGAGCCAACAAACCUAUGUUUCAGGACACAUCUAGUUGUCGCAUUGGUCAGAGAAGCGAAUACCACCAAUGACAUACUCAUAAUGGACUAGUCACUAGUCACGCGUCGUCUAUUAACGCCACUACGUCAAUACUGGCACCCAGUUGCGAGAUCCAAAACGCUACAUAGGCAAGAAACCAAUAGAUAAUGCCAAGCAUGAUAGACAAAAACU